AUGAAAGAUGAGACAAAAGGGGAUUCAAUAGGUGAAUCAAUAUUCCUAAAGCCAAAAAUGUAUUUAGUUCUUCCAGCAGGUCAUGAUCCUAAAACUUCUGAUAAUUCUAAUUCAGAAGACUCUAAAAAGAAACAUAGCAUCCAAAAGGCAAAGGCAUCUAAAAUAUCUCCUGAGAAAGCAGAAGAAAAGGCUAUGAAAGUUAGACUUCAAGUCAAAAAAUAG